UUGUCAACCCAUUUCAGGAUUGAGAAUUCAUAUUUCAUAAAGAAUUGUGUUAUUUUGCGGAAUGUGCAAUUGACAAUAUUGUUUAACAGUUUUCAAUUUUCCCUGAGGAUAUUGCGAUUGUAAAACAAAAAGAGUAGUUUUGUAUUUUCAGUUUCAGAUUUUAUAUUUCAUCCAAUAAGAUUACCUGCAAGCACCAAACAAACUUUAUAUUUAAUUCUUGUGCGAAAUUCUAAUUGGUUUGCUGUUCAUUUUCAAAGGACCGUCAUCAGGUUAUUAUGUUACUCAACAAAACCAGGUUGGGAUUUACGAGUCGACCUCCGUCGUGCAAUAUGGACACUCAUUCAACGUCUGACAUCGUUAUUUUAAGCGGAAAUUCACACCCGGAACUGGCUGAACAGAUUGCUUAUCGUCUCGGCGUACGUAAGGGAGGAUGCUCAGUGUUCCACAAGACAAACAGGGAAACAAUUGUAGAAAUUGCUGAUUCUAUUCGUGGGAAAAAUAUAUAUAUUGUUCAAACUGGUACAAAGGAUGUGAAUAACAACAUUAUGGAACUAUUGAUAAUGGCUUACGCAUGUAAGACUUCAUCGGCUCGUUCCAUUGUAGGGGUCAUUCCAUAUCUUCCAUACAGCAAGCAAUGUAAAAUGAGGAAACGUGGUUGCAUUGUCACAAAACUAUUAGCUAAGAUGAUGUGUAAAUCUGGUUUAACACAUAUUAUUACUAUGGACUUACACCAAAAGGAAAUUCAGGGUUUCUUUGAUUGCCCAGUUGACAAUUUACGUGCAUCACCAUUUUUGCUACAGUAUAUUCAGGAAAGUAUUCCAGAUUAUCGUAACUCAGUUAUUGUGGCACGAAACCCUGGUUCGGCAAAGAAGGCAACUUCAUACUCUGAAAGAUUGCGACUUGCCAUUGCUGUCAUACAUGGAGAGCAGAAGGAGGCGGACAGUGAUGAAGUAGAUGGAAGAUAUUCACCACCAUGCUUGCCAAGAUCUCGUACCAUGGAUGUAGGAGUAGGAGUACCUGUACAUCCAGCUAAAGAGAAGCCACCAAUCAAUGUCGUAGGGGAUGUCGGGGGCAGGAUUGCCAUCAUGGUUGAUGACAUGAUAGAUGACGUGCAAUCAUUUGUCGCAGCCGCAGAGGUCCUAAAAGAAUGCGGUGCUUACAAAAUAUAUGUCUUGGCAACCCACGGCUUGCUUUCAUCUGAUGCACCUCGCUUAAUCGAAGAUUCCCCCAUAGAUGAAGUGGUUGUUACCAAUACAGUUCCACAUGAGUUACAGAAGAUGCAAUGUAAGAAAAUUAAAACUAUAGACAUAUCUGUUCUGCUUAGUGAGGCAAUAAGGCGCAUUCACAACAAAGAAUCUAUGUCAUAUCUAUUCAAAAAUGUUACUUUAGAAGAUUAAGUAUAUAACAAUAUGCUGAGGAAAAAUUUUAAUGGAAUAUUUCACGUCAAAUGUUUAUUCACACAAAUCGGAUCAAAAUAAUAGAUUUUUCAUAGGUUGUUACAGGGAGUAGUUUUUUUAUUUUUCUUUACAGUCCAUUAAAAUGUUACUGGGAGUAGUAGUUUGUUUUUUCUUCACAGUCCAUUAAAAGUAUCAACAUCUACUAAAGACCAUUAAACAUAUGUUUUAUAACAAACAGGAGAAAACAUCCUGUUUAUUAUAAAAUGCUUAAGACAAAAGCCUUGGUGUAUGUUUAUUAAAAAUAUUAUCUUUAUAUUAACUCAGGGGUGUUUUUGGAAACAUCGGAUGGAUUUUGUCUCGAGCUGCUGGUUCUUAUCAAAAAUUUAUCAGUCUUUUACGUAACAUAAAUUUGACAUCAUAGCAAUAAUUGUUGAUUAAAUUUUUAGUUCCACCCUACAAAAACAUUUACUUUAGUUACCAUCAGCCAUAUAUACAGCAUUCUAAUGUGUGGAAGAUGGAUUUAGGAAUUAGUCAUCACAUUUUGAAUCUUAACUGGGUGUUUUAAUGUCUUUAAAAGAGCAACGGAUGUGGGAAAUGUAUUAUAGUGCAGUAUAUAAGUAUAUUUUUAUAGUAUUUGAUAGAUUAAGAUACCAUUUAAUUCACGUUUGCUAUGUUCUAUGAUUAAUUAUUAAUUCAAAAUAUUAUAAUUGUUACAAAUUAGUGUAUUGGGUAAUAAAAUGUUAUGUUAGCGUCAUUAUGUUGUAAUUAAGUCCAUAUUUUUCUGUGCAUGUAAAUUCAUGUAAAAUUAUAGAUUACUCACAAGAAAUUAUAUUACGGUGACUUGAGUAAGUCUAAUGAAUCUUAAAAUUGUUAUUUAACAAUUAUUCCAAAGCUUUUAUUAUUGCAUAGGUACCUUAUAUUCAUAAUUAAAGUGAUAGUUAGUUUAAAUAUAAGUGAAUUGAUUAGUUAGUGCCACAAAAUGUAUAUUGUUUUAUUAUUGUAUUCUUUUUCAAUAAAUGUUUUCGUGGCUAAA